AUGGCAGACACUUCGGACGAGACUACUCACGUCGGCAAACAACAAAAGGUCCGGGAGUCUUGCAAUGCUUGCAGCUCGCUGAAGAUCCGAUGUGGGAAGGAGCGUCCCCGAUGCUCCCGAUGUGCUUCCAGAGGCAUCGACUGCGAGUACAGUAUGUCUCGUCGCACUGGCCAGCGCCAGCCAUCUGGCCCUGUCGACCAUCAUCACCCUGGAGGGUUAUUUCCACUAGCCCAAACACCAGAAACCCGUCCCCAUGCUCGCAGUUUCUCCUUCGACACCGGGUUCGCCCCUUCAGAGCCACCCAGUGUAUUUCGAGAUGACUUCAACUGGAAUGUACCCUCUAGCCCUGGCUUCUUCGACGAAUGCACGAUCAUGCCUUGGGAGGACAGUUGGAUGAUCGAUGUGGCUGGACAGCCUAUGGACACUACCUCGAAUAUGGAGGACGUCGCCCUUUUCGAUAACAGCAACACUGGUCCACCUGCUGGCCUCGCACCCCCUGCCACUAUGGCACGCACAACAACAACGUCGACGACCUCCAGCUCUUCCAGCUCAGGCUUCGCAUCUCAAGCCGACUCUGGCUACGCCUCUCAAGCCGACUCAGAACGAACAAAGCUUCACCUGGCACAUCGAGACUGUGCUGCUGUGGCGUUGCAGGUUGUCGCAGACAUGCUAGUAGCAAACAUCCGUUGCCUAACGGCCGCCGAAUCUGCAACCGCCUGGAGACAAGCUAGCGCACUGCGUGACGCCGACGCCAUUUUGGAAAGCAAUUCGCAAGCCUUGGGACAAUUGACUAAAAUCCUAGAAUGUCCUUGCGCUAAGGAGCAAGAUGUCAUGAUCGCUGUAUACCUUGCACUAUCGAAGGCCAUUGCAUGGUACUCUGCCAUCAUGGGCCCGUCAAGCGGUUCACAGGGUGCACUUCUUAGCCAGGUGUCCACCGGACCGAUAUACAUGGGAGGCUAUCAGCUCGAUGAACAAGCACAGUGUGUUGUACGGGCACAAGUGGUCUUGUCACAGAUUCGCCAACAUGUGCAGCCUACAAUCGAGAAGCUUGUCGGCCUCACGAAUCAAGCGCGAUCCGGAUCACCGCCACUUUCUAGCACUCCAUCAGGCAUGGCAAUACCAUCAACACCACUGGUUCCAAGCUUACUAGAUCUUCAUCUAACCACCAUCCAGGGUUCCUUGACCCAGAUCGUGGAGAGGGCAGAGAGCUUCAAGCAUGGCUGA